UCGAGAGAGCAAGUUCCGCGAGUUCAGAAGCCGACAGGUGAUAAUUGAAACAAUAAAUAAUGUUGAUUGUUCAAUAAACGGGUUUACAAAUUUAUUAACCAGCUUUCUGCCAAGUGUCAGCUCGAUAUUUUGUCAAGAAUUGGCUCGAACUGUUUUCAUAUGGACGUGUACCAAAACACGUGCUUUGUUUUCUGCCUAUUUUUUUUAUCACGCGUGAAGAUAAUUAUUUUCUUAGAUGAAACAGAUUGAGAUUGAUAUCAUAGUAACAAAAUACAUGUUUAAUUGAAACUGUCCUUCUAUCAUAACUUAUUGCGGUAGCGGCGAUGAACAGACUGAAGGAGGGGAUGGUGACCCAGGGUCCUUGCAGGCUUCCAAACAGAUGAAAGAACCCAAGACUCCAACAAAAUAUCCUCUUAGUCCAUCAAAAACAUUCCCAAAGAAGAAAGGGAGAAACCCAAGUAAGAGUGACAAGAAAGCAAGCAGGGUUCACCACACCGGGCUACGGGUACUUUAUACAGCCGGAAGACCUCCUUGGUAUAAUACUCACGGUGAACUUAAAGAUGCAUUUGUUAUAGGUGUAUAUGGUGGGAGUGCAUCUGGUAAGACAACAGUUGCGAAGAGAAUUAUUGAAGCAUUAGAUGUACCCUGGGUCAGUUUACUUAGUAUGGAUUCCUUCUACAAGGUACUUGGGGAGAAAGAACAUGAAGCAGCUAACAGAAACGAGUACAAUUUUGACCACCCAGAUGCCUUUGACUUUGAGCUGCUCACCAAAACACUGCGGAGACUGCGGUCCGGAAAGAAAGUAGAUGUACCAGUGUAUAAUUUUGUCACACAUGCUAGAGAAAGUCAAAGUAAAACAAUUUAUGGAGCAAAUGUUGUGAUAUUUGAAGGUAUAAUGGCCUUUGUGAACAAAGAUUUAUUACCAUUGAUGGAUCUGAAAGUGUUUGUUGACACAGACAGUGAUGUACGUCUUGCACGUCGAAUGAAGCGUGAUAUAUCAGAGAGAGGUCGAGAGCUAGAGGGCGUACUUAAACAAUAUAACAAAUUUGUUAAACCAGCAUUUGAACACUACAUAGCACCAACAAUGAGCUUUGCUGAUAUAAUUGUGCCAAGGGGCGGUGAAAACAAAGUAGCAAUAGAUCUGUUUGUACGUCAUGUACAUACUCAACUGAACAAGCGAGGAUUCUGUCUCCGUCAGAUAAUGGCCAAUGCGGGUAACAAUGGUCAUCCGCCACCAUCAUCCCUAUGUGUGCUGGAAUCCACACCUCAAGUCAGAGGCAUUCAUACAUUUAUCAGGAACAAAGACACUGCGAGAGACGAGUUUAUAUUCUAUUCCAAACGACUGAUGAGACUGCUCUUUGAAUAUGCAAUGAAUUUUCUACCUCAUAAGAAAGUCAAUAUUGAGACAGUGCAAGGGGUGCCAUAUGAAGGUCACAGACUGGACACAAAAAAGAUUGUUGGUGUAUCAAUUCUGCGAGCUGGUGAGACAAUGGAACAAACAUUAUGUGAAGUGUACAAGGAUAUUACUAUAGGAAAAAUAUUGAUACAGACCAACUUGGAUACAGGGGAACCAGAGUUACAUUACUUGCGUCUACCAAAGGAUAUUAAAGACUCCCAUGUGAUGUUGAUGGAUGCAACAGUUGCCACGGGAGCAGCGGCCAUGAUGGCUAUACGGGUGUUACUGGACCACGAUGUUCCAGAGGAGAACAUCAUUCUUUUGUCAAUGCUCAUGAGGGAUUCAGGUAUUCACACAAUAGCAUAUGCAUUCCCUAACGUAAAGCUUGUCACAACAGCUGUGGAUAAAGAAGUGAAUGAAAAGUUCCAUAUUGUUCCAGGCAUUGGUAAUUUUGGUGACAGAUACUUCGGAACAGACUAUUACGACAGAGAGGAAGUGUCCUGAUGAAACAUCAUCAUUAUCAUCAUCAUUAUCAUCAUGAAACAUAUCUUCAUUAUCAUUAUCAUCAGUCUUGUCACAUUGCUCCCAUCAUCAGAAUCUUGAUGAAACAUAUCAUCAUCAUCAGUACUAUCUUACUGGACUCAUCAUCAUCAUCAGUUUUCUGAUGAAACAUGCACUCAAUCAUUUUAAAAAUGUAAGACCUGCUAAAAUUAUUGUCUAUUUCAGGUAAUACUUUUGAUAACAAAAUAAACAUAAACCUAUUACAUAUGAUUACUAGCGUUUAAUUUUGAAAUCACUCAUGCAUGAAAGUAAUUCGGAGCAUAUAUCAUGAUUUCCAAUCUGCCGUACAUUUGGUGCAAUAUGGUCAGUAAAAUGAAAAUGUCUUCUCUGUUGACUGACUCGUUCUUAAAAAUCAUAUUUUUGUUAGAAAGAUUGUUGACUUUUUCAUUUGUAUAUGCAUAGGGAGUGAUUUUACAGUACUUUGAAUAUAUCUUCCAAAGUUUAACAUGAAGCAACAAGUUACUCUGGUAAGAUAUUUCAAAGUUUUUAUAAUUUUAGGCAGGUUUUAAAACUGAUAGCAGAAUAAACUUUUGUUUACACCUGAAACUCAUUGUUAAUAAGCACAAGUAUAGACUGUUUUGAUCUUAAAAAUGUUCAGUAGGUGUUGAAGAAUACACAAAGUCAUUUUGAGGAUAAAUACUUUUUGCUGAUUUGAUCAGCAUAUCGGGAGAAAAUCCUGAUUUUGAUACAUCUUGGGUCAUUUUAUGACUUUUUUGUAGUGUGUGUUUUGUGAAGCUUAGGCAUUUUAUCAUUACAUUUUAUUUGUCAAAUAUGAGUUAUAAAAUAACUGAAAGUCCUGUAAAGUUUUUUUUUUGUUUUUUUUUUAAACCUUUGUCAAAACGAGAAGUGACGCAGAGCUAUGCAAGUGUUGCAUUUUUAAAGUUGUUCAGUGCAUCAACAUUGUCCUCAGUUUGUCACAUUACAGUCAUGAUGAUGAUGAUGAUGAUGAUGAUUUAUAAGCCUCAAAAUGGUUUCAAGCUUUGCAUUUUUGGCUCAGUUUUAGUGGCUAAUUGUUAUCAUCAUCACUCACCAUCACUGUCAGUUUCGUAGUGUUGAGUGUAUCAGAGUCCACGUCUGUAGUCUUAUGACAGGACUGCCAUUUUCAUUAUCAUCAGCAUCAUCAGUUCCUUAAUGCAGAUGUCACAGUGAGUGUCUGCAGUCUUGUAACAUGACCACCAUCAUCGUCGUAAUCAUCCUAACAAACAACUGUGGUUGUUGCCAGGGGCAACAUCAUGUUGCUACUAAUGUGUUCUAACUGGGAUCAUUAUCCCUAUCCUGUGAUUAUAAAAUGCUGCCGUUUUGAUUUGUAUGGACUGAAAUCUCAUUUUCAUUUUAUGCCAAUAGAUCUCGUAUGUAACUGGAAAGUCGUGUUUCUUUUUCAAAUUUAUUGAAAAAUAGAUCUUCACCUCAAUGUGUACACGUGUAUGAGAACUGUGUUAUAAUAAGCUGAAUGUGUACACGUGUAUGAGAACUGUAAUGUACUUGGAAUACACAUGAACUUGUGUUUCCUUGAACUGUGAAUGUAUAGUGGACAGGUGUUAGGUACUGGUGUACUAAUUAUGUCUGCUGUAUAAUAUUUAAUUUGGUUCAUACUGAAUAAUAUAACAUGCCAAAAAUAUCUUGAUAAUCAUGAUUAUCAUUAUCCGUAGGUUUGUAUAUUGUACUUAUUGCUCAUGCUGUGAAUAAUUUUUGUUGUUUGAAAUGUUGAUUCUUAUAUUGCCGAGUCCUGUAUUUAAUCAUUGUCUAUUGGUCCACGUGUGUACGUUGACAUUCAUCGAAAGAAAAAAUACCCAUAUGUCACCAUUUUACAAUGGUCCAUUUUGAUGGGAUUUUGCUGAAAUUUGUGUUCAGUAUUCAUUUAUGUAUGAAAAUGUUUACUACAUAUGAAAUAUGAAAGAUCUAGAAGUUUUAGAGUUGUUUUAAUAAAGGGCAACAAGUAUUACUUUACUCACACUUAUAUAGUACAUUUGUGUAUGUGAAGCAAAGCAAUGCCAUAUUUUUGUACAACAUAAUUUUUGAUAGCUUGAUAUUUAACAAGUCUUAGUUCGGAAUGAACAUUUUAUAUAGAAGUAUUUCACCUUUAUCAUAUUUAUAAUGUCACCUUUAUCACAUUUACAAAGUUUGUUUUAAAAGCAGAGCUUGUUAAAGUAAGCAUUAUCUGCUAUGUAUUUUAUGAGUUUGUUUUUAACCCUUAUCAUGCUGAACUCGAUUGAUUCUGCCAUUGCGGCCAGUGCAGAUCAUGAUCGGCCUGCACAUCCGUUCAGUCUGAUUAUGACCUGCACUGUUCGCCAUUUAGUCAGUAUCUUUUUGGUAAGCACCAUUUUUAACAGUUAAUGGUACAGUCCAAAUUGAAAGAUGUAUAAGUUCAUUUAGAAAUAUAGCAGGGUAAGGGUUAAGAAUGUUUUCUCUUUCAAUCAGUGAAGAUCAGUUUUACUGGAUACUGCUUAAGAAUAUGAAGGAAUGUUGAGAUUGUUUAAACUCAUUUUUGGUAGAGUUUUGUGUAGUGGUCAUAAUUCAGGCUUAAAAUAAAUGUACAUACUAGUUUCUUUUAAAGAAAUGUAAUAAAGAAUUGUUGGAGAUGUGAGGAGAGUAAUAAUCUCUUUUUUAUAGUAAUAAUCUCGAUAAUCUCUUCUUAUUUUGUAGUAAUCAUCUCUUUUUUGUAGUAAUAAUCUCUUUUUUGUAGUAAUAAUCUCUUUUUUUGUAGGUAAGUGUAAAAUUUUAUGAAAACCAAUGUCAGGGCUUUGCGACCAGUAUGGAUCCGGAUUUAUGCAGUCUGAUCAUAAUCUGUACUUUUCACUUAAAAGUUGCAUACAAAUGCUGAAAUUAAUAAACACACAGUAUGGAUGUGGGGAUAAACAAACAAUAAACAAAUAGUAUGGAUGUGGGGAUAAACAAACAGUAUGGAAGUGCACAAAUCUAGAUCCCUGCUGGUUUCAAAGCCCUUACGUCGGUUUUUGCACAGCGCCGUUUUAGAUAAUCAUAGAGGAUAACAAGAUGCAUAACAUUUCUCUUUCUGCAGUGUGAAGAAAUGCUGCAUGGUGAUUAAGACCUUGUAAAGUGAAUGUUUGAAGUUUAACUCCAUGUAUAUUUACAACAUGGGAAACCUUGAAAUAAUUUAUAUGGAAUUGUUACUUAUUUAACUUACCUUGGGAAACAUUCUUUUGCUACACUAUGUAAUUUUAGCACUUGCUUAUAAUUACCUAUACCAUUUAAACUGGCUGUCAGUUAAUUACCUAUCUAUAGACAAAAUGAAAAUGUUGAUCUUUUUGCUUCUAUUUACUUGCUAUUGAAAUGUUAUAUUGUAAGCAUUUUUUCUUCCCUUCUUAAACAUUCUGUUAAUAUUUCCAUGGUCAUUUUUUACACCAGCCCUUAUAACACUGUAGUGUUUACAUGCAUGUCCAUCCAUGUAUAUAUGCCAGUUCUUCACUUAUUCUAGUCGGUGGCUGUUCCAAUCAUUUGUAUUUAAUGGCUGUUUCACCCACAUGUAUAAGAGUUCUCAUGACAUUAAAAAACAAUACAAACAUGUACAUUUAUGAUACAUUCCUGUUCAUUCCUAGUUGUAAUUAGACAACUUUUUAUUUGAUUAUAAUAAAUUUUUAAGGGCGGAGUUAAGAGAAAAACAGUUACUAAAGAGUCAUAUACAUCCCAUUUGCAACUUAAACCAGUGAUAGAUUCUUGCUCGCUUUACUAUUCAUGUAAUAGCAGAAAUAUGAUAUACACAAAAUGACAUUAUUUGUGUAAAUACCCUACUAAUACCAUGGUUACGUAACCAGACUGCUGCUAUUGUGAAAAAAAAAAUUAAUGUAAUGCAUAGGAGGCCUCCACUGACGAGUGAUAAAUGUCGUUGAUUUAGAAUCGCGUGUCUCUCACAUCAGGAUAGAAACUUUGCAACUGCCAUUAUGUGAAGAAACCAUUUAGCUAGCUUGGGGAAUUUAAGGUAGAUCUUCCUAGGCACCUUAAUGUGCCAGUAGUAAUGCAUUAAAAGGGCACCUGGAACAUUCUCCAUGAUCAAAAAAAGGUAGAAGGUGGCAGUAUUGACCAGUACUGUGUCCUGUGAUUUAACUCCCAGAAACAAGAUAAUACUGUAUGUAGUUUCUGAUGAAAUAUAAGUGUACAAUUCAAGUAUACACAGAGUGCUUUGAAUCUCAUUAUGUUCUAUUUAUAACUUCAGUAGGUGCUAUUUCACAACUCGGAAACUACCUGUGUUAUUCCUAUAUUUAUCUCAGUGGUACUUUGUUUCCAUGGUUAUGUAUUUGUAAAUAAUGGUUCUUAUUAGAAUGUGUGUGACUUUUUAUCAUGUUCUUUUGGUAUGAUG